AUGUCUUCUCCAAUUGACCUUCGCAAUCCCGGCCGCCCAAUCCACGUGGGCGUUGUCCUCCUCAACUCAGUCACCGAACAACUCGACAUCGCCCCCGUCGGCUUCUUCUCCGGAAUCAGUUCCAGCUUCCUCAAAGACAUUCCUCCACCCAUGUGUCCCGACGAACUCAAAGCCCAAGCCCCAGACUUCGUCUUUCACUGGGUCACAGAAACCGGCGACACCCCUGCUGCUUUGACCGCUAACAUGAAUGUAGUUCCCACAGACUCCUUCACAACCUGCCCCCAGCUAGACAUCGUGCUCCUCGGCGCAACCAAAAUAACCUACCGCGCCAGCGAAACCGAAAAGGCCUUCCUGCGCAAGAUCCACGACACCUGCGCUGCCUUCCUCUGCGUCUGCGGUGGCUUUGAGCCUGUUCUCUCGGCAGGUCUCCUGCAGGGGAAAACAGCUACUGCGCCGCGCUUCCUCAUCCCUAGUCUCCGGGAGUCGGCGCCUGACACGAACUGGGUCGAGAGGCGGUAUGUGGCUGAUGGGAAGAUUUGGACUACGGGGGUUUUGCUUAAUGGGCUUGAUAUGGUGGUUGCGUUUGCUAGGAAUGUUUGGGGGGGUCAGGAUGGGGAGGGGCCUGGAAUUGUGGAUGUGAUGGCGUCUACUGGGGGUUGGCCGCAGAGGGAUGUUGAGUAUCGCGAUGAUGUUCCAAUUUCUGCAAGUGUCUGA